AUGGAACUUAAUAAUAGUAGAAUCCAAAGAGAUCAACCACCUCAUAAUAUUGAUAGAUCAGAGGCAACAAGAAAUAAUUUGUUGAAUGGGAGCACUUUUGAAUCCUAUUUCGAAGAUGGUAGAAGAUAUACCGCAGAGAAUAAAACAUAUUUUUUACCUAAUGAUGAUAAAGAGUAUAAUAGAUUAAAUUUACAGCAUUCCAUAAUGAAAACUAUUUGGCAAGGAAAUUUUUCCGCUCCAGUUAAGCAUCUCCUUAACCAAGAAGGAACAAAGGUUCUUGAUGUAGGGACAGGUUCCGGUUCUUGGACGCUCGAUAUGGCAACCGAUUAUCCUAAAGCAAAAUUUAUUGGAGUUGAUAUUUCACCCCCUCCAAGCAAUAAUAUACCUAAAAAUAUCGAAUUUAUUGAAGCAAACGUAUUUGAACGUUUACCAUUCGAUGAUAAUACAUUUGACUAUGUAUUUCAGCGACUGUUAUAUGUUGGAAUUCCUGCAAAGAAAUGGCCAUCAGUGGUUAAUGAGUUAGUCCGCGUAUUGAAACCCGGAGGUUAUUUAGAGUUGCAAGAACUUGAUUUUCGAUAUACCGUCAUGGGGCCUGUAACAACAAAGAUUAUUAAUGGCAUUGUAGAUAUGUCUCAUGAACGUGGUUUAGACCCAGAUUUAUGUUAUAAAUUACAGGGUUAUAUGAAAGAUCAUAACCAACUUCAUGAUGUUCACUGCGAAGUAAAGAAAAAAUUCGAUGGAGAUGAAAAUUUUCAAAAAAUGAAUUAUUCUGCUAUUCUCAUGGGAAUAAAGCCAAAACUAAUGACUAUAAUUAAUUUAUCUAGUGAUGAAUAUGACGGUAUGGUCAAAACUGUAGGAAAAGAAUUAGUUGAAUUCGAAGCUUAUUAUCCUCAU